AUGGCACACCGGCGCUGCCAGGUCUUUUCGCCGGUGGUGUCCUAUGGCAUCUCUUUGCUGAUCUUGCUGCAUGUGAUUCUCCUUGGUCCCUCGGACGCGGCGUGUUUCGUGGUGGAGAUGGCGCUGAAACUCCUGGCUUUGGGUUGCCGGAACUUUUGGUUGGGCGAGGACAGCUCUUGGAAUAUCCUGGACUUUAUUGUCGUGGCGAUUUCUGUGUUUGAUGUGGCCAUUGACAUUCUGUUCCAGACUCUGUGGCCCUCCUUGAGCACCUCUCAGCUGCGCCUCCUUCGCUUCGCGCGCUUCGCCCGCGCCUUGCGCUCCAUCCGCGUGGCCAAGCUCUUUCGGCAUGUGCGCGCGUUGAGGACAUUGGCCUUGUCCAUCAUGAGCACGAUGAGCUCACUUUGCUGGACUUUGGCACUUUUGGUGAUCCUAUUUUAUACCUUUGGAGUGAUGCUUACACAGUUGGUGGUGGAACACUGCCGCUUCCUGGGGCAAGACCGCACUGGCACCGGCGAUCCAAUGGCAAAUUGCCCCGAGAGUCUCAAGAAGUACUGGGCCUCCGUACCAGAGAGCCUCUUGGCUUGGUGCUUUUGGGAUCAACCACACCCUGUCCUUUUGUCGCAUCCGGAACUCGGCUCUCGACUGGCAGGAGCAUAG